UACAAACUCGGUAGACUUACGUCGAAUAUUUAUAAUUCAAUAUCAAACAUCACUUCUUCACGUAUUCAUCUCAUGUCAGAAAUUUUAACUGCCAUAAAAGUUAUUAAAUUUUAUGCUUGGGAAACUUAUUUCCGUGAUCGUGUUGGUAAGGUUAGAACUAAAGAAUGGACUCAAUUGAUUACUGGUCUUGUUCUUAAAAUAUGGACAUUCUGUGUUGUAUUCGGUGCAUUGGAUUCUUUUGAACGUUUAGAAGAAUUUUUAUUAAGACCUGAAUUAGAUCCUUUAACAGAAGAAAGUAGUCCAAUAAAUGAUGAUCCGGCAAUCAAAGUUCAUAUUCAUGACGCUGAUUUUUCCUACGAAGGGACCAACGGUCCGGCUUUAAAAUUUUUAACCAUGACAGUAAAACAAGGUGAAGUUGUUGCUGUAGUUGGUGAUGUUGGUGCUGGAAAAUCUUCAAUACUGGCUGCAAUUUUAGGUCAACUUCGUAAAGAUAAUGGUACUCGAAAAAUUCGUGGUUCAAUAUCUUAUGUUCCUCAUGAUGCGUGGUUGUUAAAUGCUACUUUAAAGGAUAACAUUCUUUUUGGCAAUGAAUUCGAUGCCGAAAGAUACCAAGAAGUUAUUCAAGUAUGUGCAUUAAGAAAAGAUCUGGAUCUAUUAAGUAAUAAUGAUAUGACAGAAAUAGGUGAAAGAGGUGUGAAUUUGAGUCUUGGUCAGAGGCAAAGAGUUAGUUUAGCAAGGGCUGUGUAUUCUGAUGCUGAUAUUGUAUUAUUGGAUGAUCCGCUUAGUGUUAUGGAUCCUGUAAUAGGAAAACAUAUUUUUCAUGAAUGUAUUCGUAAAUACCUAAAGUUUCUAUCUGAAUGUGAUCAUAUUAUAGUGAUGAAAAACGGUGAAUGUACAGAAGAAGGAACAUAUGAUGAAUUAAUUAAAAAAGAUGUAUCUCUCGCUUCAUUGAUUAAUGAGUACAUGGAAAUAGAAGAUCCUGAUCAAAUUGAUGAACUUAUUAAUGAAAUUCGUCUUGAACCAGUUCAUGUAGAUGAUGAUGAGAACGUUGAUGAUUUGGAUAUUGUUGUCACAGACUAUUCUAGACAAAUAAAUUUUAGUAAUAAUACUAAUAACCAUACUCUUACACUUAAUCGUACAAUAUCCAACACCGAAGCUAAUGAACAUACUAUUUCACGUAUAAUGGAACUUAAUAUACACACACCUCAGGACAUUAAUGAGAGAACAAUUUCUAAAGUUAUCGAACGAAACAACUUAGCUGUUCUUAGUGGUGCUGGUAGAACAAGAGUGAUGGGUCCUAAAGUCAAUCGUGAAAUGAAUUUUACAGCCGUUGCUGUCGAGAAAAAUCAAUUGACUAUACAUAGUUUAAAUGAACGUGAGGGAAUUGCACCAGCUAUUGAAUUUGAUGCAAGAGCAAAGAGAAAAGAAUUUAAAGCUGGAUUUGGCGUAUAUCUUGAUUAUUUCCGGAAAUCAACCGGACUUGGUCUAUCCUUCUUGAUGAUGUCAUUAUUCUUUAUCAUGACCGCUAUAAGAAUAUUCAGCGAUUGGUGGCUAAUAAAGUUAGUAGAAACCGGUCCAGACGCCAACUUUGGUUAUCUUCUUGGAGUUUACGGCACAUUAGUGGGUGUUGUUCUCAUCGGUGUUUUCGCGCGUGGUGUAUUAUACGCUUGGUCAGUAAUGCGUAAGAGUGAGUCUUUACAUGAUCGAACGUUUCUGAAAAUAAUGCGCGCUCCAAUGUAUUAUUUUGACGGUACUCCUCUUGGACGUAUAUUGAACGUAUUUGCCAAACAUCAGUACCUUGUUGAUGACGUUCUAAGUGACAAUGCGUUACAAUUCUUGACUUAUGUUCCUCUUGUUAUUGGUACUAUCGUCUUUGUCAUUGUUCUCAUCCCAUAUACCGCAAUAGCCGCCGCAGCAUUGAUCUUUUUAACAUGGCUUAUUAUUCACUAUUCAAAGGAUGUGGAAGAAAGAUUUAAAAUGUUGGAUGCUUCAUUAGAAGGGCUUGCAAGCAUUCGUGGUUAUAAGGUUGAAAAAAGAUUUGAUAAUUUAAAUAUUGAAAAAGUUGAUUCAAAUAAUAAGGCAUUAUUUACUUUGAUGCAAGUCAAGUCCUGGCAAUCAUUAUACAUUGACAUAAUGGCAUCACUUUUCAUUUAUACCACUACAUUAUUUGUCAUUCUUUUACAUCAUUCAAACAGUGUUAGUCCAUCGUAUGCAGGUUUAGCGAUUGUAAGCGCAUCGCAAUUACUUAUCUUCGGUCAUUCUAUGAUUCGUUCUGGUCGUGAUGUUGCAGCAAUUAUGGAUAGUGUACAACAAUUAUUAUAUUUCCGUCAAAAUAUACCAUCCGAGGCACCUAGUAUAGUUGAUGGAAAUCGACCUCCACCAAAUUGGGGUGAACGUGGAGAGAUUAAAUUCGAGAAUGUCGUCCUUCGUUACAAUUUAUAUGGUGUGGCUGUUCUCAAAGAUAUUUCCUUCCAUAUUAAACCUCGGGAAAAAGUUGGUAUUAUAGGAAAAACUGGAUCAGGCAAAUCGACGUUACUUGUGAGUUUGUUACGAAUAGUCGAAUUAGCAGGUGGUCAUAUUUGGAUCGAUGACGUGGACAUUAGUACCAUUGGAUUACGAGACCUCAGGAGUAAGAUUGCAAUUAUUCCGCAAGAACCUGUGAUAUUUGCCGGCACAAUAAAAUCAAAUCUUGACCCAUUCGGUAAAUGUACGGAUGAAGAAAUAUGGAAUGCACUCGAAGCAGUUCAUUUAGAUGGAAAGGUUAAAUCAAUGCCAGAUAGAUUAGGAACAGCAGUUCUUGAAAGUGGAAAAAAAUUUUCACUUGGUCAAAGACAAUUAUUCUGCAUAGCCAGAGCACUUUUGAAAAAAACAAAUAUAUUAGUCUUGGAUGAAGCAACAAGUGCUGUUGAUGCGGCAACUGACCGUUUAAUUCAAGACACAAUUAAAUUACAUUUCGCUGAUCAUACCGUUUUAACGAUAGCUCACCGACUGAAUACAAUAGUGGAUGCAGACAGGAUAUUAUGUUUAAAUGAAGGACGUGUUGCAGAAUUUGAUACACUAAGUAAUCUAUUAAAUGAUCCGAAUGGAUUCCUUUACCAAUUAGUAGUACAUAGUGGACCAGAUAUAGCUCAAAGAUUAAGAGAAAAAGUAGGAAUACAUGAUGAAUCAUCAUCAAGUAAAAAUGUCGAUAAUAAUUCAAUAAAUCCACCAAAUACAAGUGAUACGAUAGAUAACCAACAAGCAUCGACUCAUACACAUCAUAUGCCGCAAUCGUUAGGAGAAGUUUUUGAACCAUCUUCACCUUCAACAACAUCAAAACCAUCAUAA